AUGGGGUCUGUGGCGCUCGAGGCUAGGUUCAGGCAUCUGGCCAUAGCGGAUGAGAACGAUCACCAUGGUGUGGCUAAAGCGCAGGAAAAAAACAAAGUUGCGACGUCUACUACACAUCCGUCAACAACUCCUUCCAAGACCAGACACCUUCUCUCUGUUGUUGUGUCGCAAGAAUCAGAUCAAUCUGUUGAAUCAGAAGAUGAGCUUGCGACUACAGAUGUCAAGCCAGAAGCCAAGGCCAAAGACCCUCCUCAUUCCGAUGCAGCCCAAAUAAAGGCGAAGCAAUCACGUUCACCACUUCGGCACCCUCUCUCCGUUCUAUCACAAGCGCCGAACACCGCUGGGGGACAGCACCCCGUCAGGCUUAGCAAGCAACUGUUGCCUAAAGUGUUUCAUUUGGGAAUGUUCGAGGUCGGUCGUGCACUGGGGAAAGGGAAGUUUGGACGCGUAUAUCUUGCUCGAGAACGCAGCACCGGUUUCGUUUGUGCUUUGAAGGUACUCCACAAGAAUGAAAUUAAAAAUGGAAGGAUAGAAAAGCAGGUGGCCCGUGAAAUCGAGAUUCAGAGUAACCUCCGACAUCCCAAUAUUCUUCGACUCUAUGGUCACUUUCACGACCGAAAACGGAUAAUUUUGAUAUUGGAGUAUGCUGGCAAGGGUGAGCUAUACAAGCACCUGCAAAGAGAGGACCGUUUUCCAGAGUGGAAAGCUGCACAAUACAUUGCGCAAAUGGCGAACGCUUUGCAGUACUUACACCACAAACAUGUUAUUCACCGGGAUAUUAAGCCCGAAAAUAUCCUCGUUGGUAUCCAUGGAGAGCUAAAGAUGUCAGACUUUGGCUGGAGUGUCCACGCGCCGAGUGGCCGCCGGCUCACAAAAUGUGGAACAUUGGAUUACCUGCCCCCAGAAAUGGUCGAUCCCAGGAAGUGUGAUAAGCCCUAUGAUCAAAACGUUGACUUAUGGUCCCUGGGGAUCCUAAUGUAUGAAUUCUUGGUUGGAAAUGCUCCAUUUGAGGAUACACCUAUUAUGACACAAAGAAGGAUAGCGAAGGGAGAUAUGACAAUCCCUUCCUCCGUCAGUCCUGAAGCAAAGGACCUUAUCAGAAAGCUUCUUGUUCUCGAUGCGGACAAGAGAAUUUCCCUGGAGAAUGUCCGCCAGCACCCUUGGAUUAUCAAGUAUUGCUCCAAGGAUGCGAAGAUCGAGGAGAAGGAUGAGUGA